AUGUUAGACAAGAAAGCAGACAAAACAGAGCUUCAAACAUUAAAGACUCAGAUUCUUGAAACAUUAUAUCCUAUAGGCUCUAUUUAUACGUCAAUGAACUCAACAAAUCCAGCAACAGUUUUAGGUUUUGGUACAUGGCAGCAGAUUGUAGACAAAUUCUUAUACUGUGCUAACUCUUCAAAGCAAACAGGAGGUUCGAAGAAAAUUACUGAAGCAAACCUUCCACCGCACACUCAUACAGGAACUACAAACUUUUCUGGCGACCAUAGCCACUCAUUAAGAGACCAUCCAUUAUACAACUCAGAGUAUGAAGCUGGCAAUGAUGUUUUAUCUCCAUCUUAUAACAAUUCAGCAAAAAAGACUUUUCGACCAACUGAACCAGGAGGAAAUCAUGUCCAUACUUUCACAACAAAUCCAACAGGCUCGGGUGCAGAUUACAUGCCACCAUUUGUGACUGUAUUUGCAUGGUACCGCGUUCAAUGA